AUGUGUUCUCAAAUUGGUUACAUUUUGGACUUGGAGCCGUUCGAUAUUGACAUCAAAAGAGAGAUCAACCGCUCAGAUGCCUCUACGGUAUACGAAAUAGGACUAUAUGGAAAUACGUGUGCUAUGAAACUCUUCCAUGAUAACGGCGACCCAGGAUACACGAAGAGAGGCCGAGACUUAAAUCGAUUCCGCUGCGAAUUAAACGCCUAUAAAAAUCUCCAUAAGUUUGGUGUAUGCGACCGUGGCUUUGUUCCCGCAUUUUACGGCUAUAUCGAUCGACUGGAUCCAUCCGCUUUUCAACCACCGCUUGAACGAUUUGUUGGCGAUAAAUACCAACCAAGGGCCAUUCUUCUCGAGUACCUGCCAGAUUCGGAAAGGCUGAAUUGUGUGAAUUAUUCCCAGAGUCUUUUUCGCUCUGCGGUAGAGGGUAUACAAGAGAUCCAUAAUGCCUUCGUGCACCACCGUGACAUUUAUCCGAAGAACAUGCUUGUUGUUCGUGGUGAGAGGGUUGUCUGGACCGAUUUUGAUGUUGCGACAACUUUUCAAAAUAUGGGUCCUUUCGAGAUUGCAUAUUGCGAAUAUGAAACCAAUCUCGUCAGAAGUUUUGGGGAGCUUUUGAAUAACGACCAGAAGCAGGGUCUUAGACCAAAUACAAAGUAUUAUUGA